UAUUUCUCCCAAGCUCAGCUGACUCGGAUUUCGUACUAUGGAUUUCAUUAGCGUAACCAAGAGAUGACUGGUGGGAGAAAAGCGGACGGAUUAACACAUACUAACCUUCCUUGGCUGGGACGCUCACUGGUACCAAGGGGAUCAUCAUCAUCAUCACCGCGGGCCCGCCACUAUAAACUCUAUAAACAUGGGUUUGACCGUCAAGUGGGCAGGCAAAGAAUAUUCAAUCGCUGAUUUGCCUCUUCACGCAUGCGUUCUAGACUUGAAGAAUGCUAUUCAUGAGAAAACCGGCGUCAAACCUGAACGGCAAAAACUCAUUGGUAUAAAAUGCAAGGGUAAAGCUCUGAAGGACAUGGACCGCUUGUCGGACCUCAACUUGGAUGCCACUUCAAAGAUCAUGAUGGUUGGUAGUCUGGAGGAAAACAUUCUGUCUGCCAGCGUUCCGCCCGAGGACCUGCCGGAGGUUGUCAACGAUUUGGACGACAUCGACGAACAAGAAAUCCCGGUCGAGCAACGGGAAGAGUUCCUCACCAAAAUUGAAAAGCGCGUCAAGACGUACGAAAUUAAACGGUUGAAUGAAUCGAGACCGGGAAAAAAACUGCUAGUGCUCGAUAUUGACUACACCAUUUUCGAUCACCGUUCCACAGCCCAAAGUAUAUUGGAACUCAAGAGGCCUUUCCUUCACGAGUUUUUAACCACUGCGUACGAAGAUUACGACAUUGCCAUUUGGUCCGCUACCAACAUGAAAUGGAUUGAGACCAAACUUAAAGAACUGGGAGUCACCAAGAGCCCCGACUACAAGAUCGUAUUUAUGGUCGAUUGCGGUGCCAUGAUCAGCGUUCACACGAGCAAGCACGGUCUAGUGGAUGUAAAGCCAUUGGCUGUCAUCUGGGGAAAGUUUCCAGAGUACGGUCCGGAGAACACCAUCAUGAUAGAUGACAUUCGGAGGAACUUCCUCAUGAACCCCAAGAAUGGACUUCGGGUGCGACCAUUCCGCAGUGCCCACACCAACCGUGACACGGAUCGUGAAUUGGUCAAGUUGUCCCAGUACCUAAAGGACAUUGCUUCCAUUCCUGACGUUCGAGAACUCAACCACCGUCACUGGGAGAGCUACAAACCACAAGGCCCGUAGUGCAUCCGAGACGUGUCAAGAAAAACGCAUCUUUUCUCCCUCUGGAAGUGAACUAUAUGAUGAUGACACAAUAAAUACGUUUUAUUACAA